GUUAUUAGUGAUGCAAGUAAAAAUGAUAUUCAAGUAUUUCUAGCAUCUGGUAAUCAACCUUUUGGUGGACAAACAAUAUUGAUGUUGAAUGAAGGUUCACAACCUUCAUCAGUUGUUGUUGGUCAUUUUAAUAAUGAUAGUCAAAUUGAUAUUGCUACAGCUAAUUAUGGUACAAAUACAAUUGGUAUUCUUCUUGGAUGUGGAAAUCGAAUGUAUUUAAAUAGUACACUUUAUUCAACUGGUACUAAUUCUUAUCCAUCAUCAUUAGCUAUUGGAGAUUUUAACAAAGAUUCUAUGAUGGAUCUGGUAGUUGCAAAUUCUGGAACAAAUAAUAUUCUUGUAUUUAUGGGAUCUGGUAAUGGAGAUUUUUCUUUAUUUCAGAGUUAUUCAAUGGGUGAUAGUUCUCAAACAGUAUCAGUUGCUGUUGGUGAUUUUAAUCGAGAUUAUGAAUUAGAUAUUGCAGUAGCAAAUUAUGGUACAAAUAAUAUAUGUAUUCUUUUUGGUACUGGUGAUGGAAGAUUCACUAAUCAAACAUGGUAUCCAUUAGGUUUUAAUUCUGACCCAAAUUGGAUAAUUUUUCAAGAUUUAAAUAAUGAUGGUUGGGAAGAUAUUGCAGUUGCAGUAUAUGGUGCAGACAAUGUAAAAAUACUUUUGAAUCUUUGUUAA